AUGGCCGGCAGCGGAUCCAAGUCGAAAUCGAGCAAGAGUGAGGGCUCGUCGUCGUCAUCGUCACGCAGCGCGACGAAGCGGCUGAUCAAGGAGCUGGGUGUGUGGGAGAAGGAGCGCGCGGCCGAGGCCGGCAUCGAGCGGCUGGGACCCGUCAACGAGGGAGAGCUGCUCGAGUGGGAGGCCGUGGUCAACGGGCGGGGGAUCGGGGGCGGCUAUGAUGACGGCCGCUGGCUCCUACACAUCUCGAUACCGACAGAGUACCCCAACAAGCCGCCCAAGAUCUCCUUUGUGACGCCCGUCGUCCACGCAAACAUUGCCCUCGCCACCGGCGAGAUAUGCCUGGACCUGCUCAAGGACGCCUGGACCCCGGCCUACGGCAUCCUCGAGAGCGUCCGCGCCGUCCGCAUGCUCCUCGGCUGCCCGGAGACCGAUUCCCCGCUGAACGUCGACGUCGCGGCCCUGAUCCGCGCGGGCGACGCCGUCGGCGCGCGGAGGCUCGUCGAGUUCUGGGUCAAUGAUGAUGGGGGUCGGUAUCAGGGACGAUGA